AUGAGAACAGCGCUUGUUUCUUUCCUGCUUUUUGCAGUGGUAUCCGCAAGUAUACGAGUGACCAUCGACACAGCGACUGCGGAUGCGACAAGCCAAGCUACUUGCAUCCCUUACACUCUGGUCCCUGUGCCGACUACCUUGACCGAGACAUAUGGAGAGCCAUCGACUCUGACUCUGGUUGAUACCGAGACUUUGGGUCCUCAGACUGAUGAAGCAACGGCGACACAGUCAGAUGCGUUUGCUUUUACCAUUCUAACACUCGAGCCUGAGACCUUUACUGUUUCUAUCACCCCUCCGGUCAGGACAGUCACUGUUACUGUGACACCGGAUCCUGAGCAACAAACCCAGGUCAAUACUAGAACAGUUGUCGAGACCGAUCGUAGCACUACCACCGAGACUACUUACUAUAGCAACCUCGCAAGACGCGAUAUCGCUGCUGAAACCGGAACCAUCAUCAAGCCAACCGACAUCCCAUCCUACGCGAGCGCGUGCACCGAUCCCGAUCAAUACAGCAGUGCUUGCGCUUGCUUGGGUGUUGAAGCGACUACCAUCGCAGCUACCAGAACUCCCGAGAUCGUAACUGUUGGUCCUAGGCCAGCAACAGAGGUUCUGGUCGUGACCGCCACUAGGCCCGCUAUCACUGUCACCACUACACUCCCUGGCAAGACAUAUACAGUCACACUUACUCGUUACUUGCCUGAUGUCACCGAGUCAACAACCCUCGAAGCCAGCACGGCUUCGCUAUCUACCACUGUCGAUCCAGAUACCGUCACCAUCACCCAGGAGGCUACCCAUGUCGACCGGACCAGCGUGAUUGCAACUGAAACGCGCUCUGUCGGUCCAGUCUGCUCAACUUACGCGGCAACAAGUACAUGCAGCUGCAAGUUCGAAAUCAUUUGUGAUCAGGAAGUCAACAUCGAUUCGAACACGUUCUUCCAUCAGAUAGACUUCAACACUUAUGUAGGCAACAUUGAAGAAUGUAUGAGUCGUUGUGACUCCAACCCGAACUGUCAGUUUGGCGAUUUUGCUUCGCUCCCCGGUGGUGGACUUUGCUCGAGUUAUUCUGGAAACCCUGGAUCAUCGGGCCGACAAGGUCGUAGCGGCACUAAGUAUUUCGAGAAGGAUGGAAAUGUCAAGUGUUCCGGUUGCUCAUUAUAG